GGAAAAUGGCGAAUCGGCAGUGCGAAUGGGCCGCCUGCCAGAAGCAGCCCUACUUCGCGCUGGACAUGAGAGAUGCGCCCAAGUUCUGCUACAUGCACAAGUCGGACAUCCAUGUGGAUGUCCGGAAGAAGAGCUGCGAAGCGGACAAGUGCGACGUCAAGCCCAACUACGGGUUCGAGGGAGGCAUCCCUCGCUUCUGCGCGACGCACAAAGAGGAGGGGAUGCAGAACCUCGCCAGGGGCCGCUGUAAGCAUCCCGGGUGCCUAAAGUUCGCCAGCUGCGGCAAGGAAGGAGGCUCGCCCGAGGUGUGCGGAGACCACAAGACCAACGGCAUGGUCAAUCUUAACGGGAAGCGCUGUGCACUGCCUGGCUGCAAGACGCACGCAAGCUACGGCAUCGAGGGUACGCGGCCUCGCUACUGCGCCAAGCACAAGACGAUGGACAUGAUGAACCUCACCAUCAAGAAGUGCGACUUCGACGGUUGCCUAGCACAGCCCAGCUUCAACUUUCCCGGCGAGAAAAAGCCAAGGUUCUGCUCGAAACACGCCCUGGAAGGGAUGGAGGACGUGCUCGACCGACACUGCGCCACGUCCGGGUGCGACCGCCAGCCCAUCUACGGCAACAGCGGCGAGAAGACGGGCAGGGCGACGUGGUGCCCCGACCACCGCCCGGCAAACAGCCACGACGUUAAGACCUCGCGCUGCCAGGUGGAAGGCUGCCAGAAACACCCCAGCUACGGGUUCAAGACCGAUCGCGUGCGUCGGCGCUGCCGCUUGCACCGGCUGGAGGGCAUGGUGGACGUCAAGAGCCCCAAGUGCGAGCUGCCGUCGUGCUACAAGCAGCCAUGCUGCGGCCACCUCGGUGCGAAGGCGAGGUUUUGCUCGGAGCACAAGCAGGAGGGGAUGGUUAACCUCAAGACCCGCGCGUUCCGCUGCAAGCACAGGGGAAAGCCCAAGCCGGACGAGGAGGAGGAGGAGGACACCAGCGGCAAAGGCUGCGGCCGCGGUACCCGCAACGGCAAGGGGGCGCCUCCCAUCAAGAAAAAGAGCAGGAGGGUGGUCACUUGCAACCGCGCGUGCCGCUUCGCCUACCCCAACGAAAUGGCCGUGUAUUGCGCCGUGCACGCUCUGGAGGGGAUGGUGGACGUCCUCAACCCGCAGUGCAGCAUGGACGACUGUCUGGAGAUUCCCACGUACGGCUUUGCCGGGGAGCAGCCUACGUUCUGCAUGGUUCACAGUGGCCCCGGGAUGCAGGCAAGGAAAGAGGUUAUCAUGCCGCAGAGCACGAACGUUCUGCACUGGAGCUCGGAGGCGAGGCGGCAGGCGGCCGCCUCGGCGCUGGAGGCCAAGAGGAUAGCGGGCCUGAGGCAGGCCGGGUCAGCCAAGGUCUCCACGCUGCCUCCUAAGAAAGACAUGAACGGGCUCAUGAAGAUCCAGAAGGCUCAUAUGAGCGCGGCGAAGAUGGUAGCCGCCUCCAGGGUGUCGGACGGCGGUUUGAACGAUGCCGGCUCGAGCCUCGUGCCCACCUCCGACCUGGCGCUUGCCUUCGGCGCGAGCAUGGACGACCCUAUGUCCCCCGCUGGAGAAGACGGGGAUGUCGAUGUGUCGGCCAUCUCCUCCACCAUCAACCGCCGCCCGGACCUCGCCGCUGUAGGCAUGCCCGCCGCCGCCGCCGCUUACGCGAUCGAGUCGGUGACCGGGGGGGGCGCCGUCGGGAUAGCGCCCCCGCCGGCGACAAGCACACCGCCGGCGCCGUCGGUGGCGGCGGCGGUAGCAGCAGCAGCAGCGGCGGCGGCGGCGGCGGUGGCCGCGCUGCAACCGUCUCCUAUUCCUCUCUCGUACACCAACUCGUUGGGCAACGAGAGCGGCGGCGGAGCAUACGACUCUGCGAGGGGAAUGGGAGCCACCGCGCCAGCGACGUAUCCCGGGGUGGGGCCGCGGAUGAACUUGCCUCUCCCGAUGCUCCCGCCCGUGUCGGCAAGUUCCCCGCCCCCCCCCCCGCAGGUGGCACCGGCAACAACGUCGGCCUCCCGGCUUCCCGGCAUCGACCUAGAGAGAGCCGCCAACGUGGAACGGGCUGCGACCAUCGCCGCCGCCCUCGCCACCGCCGCGAAGGGAAACCCGUUCGCCGCACGGCAUCGCCGCCUGUCGACCAAGGAGUCGUCGUCGCCGCCGUCGUCGCCGCCGGCGGCGAGAGCACGGGAAGAGGGUAGCGCUGCUGGGAGAGCGGCGACACCUCCGCCGCCAUCGCCGCCGGCAGCGGCAGCGGAAUGCGGCGAGGAACGCAGCUCCGCGGGCCGGUGGGAAGACGUCACAGGCGGCGGCGGCGGCGCUCAGGAGUCCUCGAGGGGGGGCGCCGCGGCGUCGAGAAAACGCCCGUUGCCGUCCGAUGGGAAGGAUCCAGGGGUGGCACCUUCCGCGGCACAGGGGAAGAGAACGACUGCUACCGCAGCAGCACCAGCAGCACCAGCAGCAGCACCAGCAGCAGUACCAGCAGCCCCAGUAGCAGCGUCGCCUGCGUCUCAGGGACAGGGGGGCAAGACCGCGACGCGCACGAGCUCGCGGCGCAAGAAAUUAAAGACGGCGAUAUGACCGUGACCCGUCACGCCCCUCUCCUGUCGUCGGAGAGCAGACCUUAGCCGUAGAGAAACGAGAGACCGUCGAUCAACUCGAGUUAUCUCGAGACCUCGAGGAGCGAUUGAUGGCAUUGGCCGGGGUACCCGUGCGGUAGAGAAACGAGAGGCCGUCGAGCAGCUCGAGCUAUCUUGAGACCUUGAGGAGCGAUUGGUGCCAUUAGCGGAGCUGACCCUGCUUUCCGGCGGCGUGAGGGUUGGGGCGGUUCAAGAGCGGUUGUCCGUGCAGCUCCCUGGACGACUAAUAGUGUUGAACACGCGUUUGGGGCUGUAUCCGGUCCCGGCGGGCCUUGUGUAUUAUGGUAGGUCCUGCCUGCACUUGGUUUGGGAUUCUUCCGCAGCAGCUUAACCGCACCAAGCCUCAAUGAAAAAAUAGUUGUUGCGGUGUAGUCUGGUCUAUCUAGUCUCGCUCCGCUGGGGAAGGGGGGGAGGGGGACCCGCGGCCGUCCGAAUCUGCGUGCUAGGUGCCUGCUGGAAGCAGUACACUGUGGAAAAGGGAUCCACAUCCGUCCACGGCAUCGUAGCUGCAAUGUUACAUGCACGCGAGCCAUGUGUUUUACCGCUUGAAACAUGACGUCAAUAGUUGGUCUGUUGGGUUGUUAGCAUUUAUGGUCACGUUUUCUAGGAGGCACGUGUGCUGAUGCAGCUGCAAACCGGGGGUGUAGGGAGGGAGAGGGCAGUCGAAGGAUGGCCCCGAGAAAGCUGGUUAGUGGUGUAAAACACCGAAUUGUUCUAUAAUAGUUGAGUUGGUAUGGUACCGGCGUGACAGAGAAAAAGACUCUGACGAUGUACAAGUCCGGUUUUGGCUCUCCCCUUCUCAAGAGAACAGGACGACGAUGCCCGGUAUAGCCAGCCGUAGCUGGAGGCGCAUGCUAUGUCGAGGGGAUUGGGUCGGGGAGCGAGGACGCGAAAUGUCCAGCCCUGGGUUGCGCCCCGGCUCAGUACGGAAUGUUUUGAGGAAGCAACGGGGUUGAUGGGCGUGACCCGAGAGUCGACUUGAUGGCAAAGGCAAAGGUGUCCUGGUUGGGGAGGGAGUGCGGGGUCGAACAGAAACUUUUUUUUUUUGAACCUGUGCCGUGUGCCGUUGUUGGUUGAGACGGUUAGUAUCGCGUGGUUGGUGGGUGGCUACAGCAAAUAACAAAACAUUUAACAAAACAUUUAACAUUCGCCUGAUUUCUUCUUGGAACAACGACUUGGAUUGUUGUGUAGUUCCUUGUUCUACUGCCAUGGCGGUGGUGCCGCUG